AGUGAGCAGCCUCAGACCAUCCCAGGUGGCAGCUAUAGGGUUUGAUGCCAGCUCCCAGCUCAGCUGUGGCUGGGCGGGCUUGGGAGCACUUCAAAGGGACUUGGAGCAGAGAUUAAUCCCUGAGCUUAUUGACUGUGGUUUUCCAAGCCUGCAUAAAACCUGACAGACUGAAACUUCGGCACUGGUGCUGCAGCUGCUUGUGUUGGCAGAGGCAAGGAGGGCUUGGCCACCAUUGCUGUGUGGCUUCUGGGCUGGCCUAGCACAGGCACCCCCUGGCAGCCCCAGCAGGGUGAAGGAGAGGAUGGAAGAUGUCUCAUGAAGAGAAAUUUCCAGAGUGGGAAGGAAGGGAGGACAUUCUGUGGGUCCUGCUGCUGCUCUCCACCAGCUGUACUACGACCCCAACAUCGAGAACAAGAACUUGGCUCAAAAAUGGCUGAUGCAGGCGCAGGUGUCCCCGCAGGCCUGGCACUUCAGCUGGCUGCUCCUCAACAUGGACAAGGUGCCCGAGAUCCAGUACUUUGGCGCCAGCGCCCUGCACAUCAAGAUCUCCCGCUACUGGAACGACAUCCCGGCCGACCAGUACGAGAGCCUCAAGUCCCAGCUCUUCACCCACAUCACUCGCUUCGCCGGUGGCUCCAAGAUCGUGCUGACCAGGCUGUGCGUGGCGCUGGCUUCGCUGGCGCUCAGCAUGAUGCCCGAGGCCUGGCCCUGUGCCGUGGCCGACAUGGUGCGCAUGUUCCAGGCCGAGGACUCCAACGUGGACGGGCGGGCACGCUGCCUGGCACUGCUGGAGCUGCUGACGGUGCUGCCUGAGGAGUUCCAGACCAGCCGGCUUCCCCAGUACCGCAAGGGCCAGGUGCGCAGCGUCCUGGCGCAGGAGUGUGGCUCCGUCUUCCCCUUGCUGGAGCAGCUGCUGCAGCAGCAGGACUCUCCGGGCUUCAUCAAGCAGAAGGUGUUGAAGUGCUUCUCCAGCUGGGUCCAGCUGGAGAUCCCUCUGAUGGACUGCGAGAACCUGAUCCAAGCAGCUUUCACCUCCCUGCAGGACCCGGAGCUCUUUGAUACAGCGGUAGAGGCGGUUGUCAAUGCCAUUUCCCAGCCGGAUGCCCAGAGGUAUGUGAACACCCUCCUGAAGCUCAUCCCCCCAGUGCUGGGGCUGCAGGAGCAGCUGCGCCAGGCGGUCCAGAGCGGGGACAUGGAGACGUCGCACGGGAUCUGCCGCAUCGCUGUGGCCCUGGGGGAGAACCACUCCCGGGCACUGCUGGACCAGGUGGAGCACUGGCAGAGCUUCUUAGCCCUGGUCAACAUGAUCAUGUUCUGCACGGGCAUCCCUGGGCACUAUCCUGUCAAUGAAACCACCAGUUCCUUGACACUCACCUUCUGGUACACGCUACAGGAUGACAUCCUCUCCUUUGAGCCAGACAAGCAGGCUGUGUACCAGCAGGUGUACAGGCCUGUCUACUUCCAGCUGGUGGAUGUGCUGCUGCACAAAGCCCAGUUCCCCUCCGAUGAGGAGUACGGUUUCUGGUCGUCGGAUGAGAAGGAGCAGUUUCGGAUAUACAGGGUGGACAUCUCUGACACGUUGAUGUACGUGUAUGAGAUGCUGGGUGCUGAGCUCCUAAGCAGCCUCUAUGACAAAUUGGGACGUCUCCUGACCAACACAGAGCAGCCAUCCACGUGGCAGCACACGGAGGCCUUACUGUAUGGUUUCCAGUCCAUCGCCGAGACCAUUGAUGUGAACUACUCUGAUGUGGUGCCAGGGCUGAUCGGCCUCAUCCCCCGUAUCAGCAUCAGCAACGUGCAGCUGGCCGACACGGUCAUGUUCACAAUCGGAGCCCUCUCAGAGUGGCUGGCUGAUCACCCUGUCAUGAUUAACAACGUGCUGCCGCUGGUGCUCCAGGCUCUGGGCAACCCUGAGCUCUCCAUCUCCAGUGUCUCCACCCUGAAGAAGAUCUGUCGGGAGUGCAAGUAUGACCUGCCGCCGUAUGCCGCCAACAUCGUGGCUGUGUCGCAGGAGGUGUUGAUGAAGCAGAUUCACAAGACAAGCCAGUGCAUGUGGCUGAUGCAGGCUCUUGGCUUCCUGCUCUCUGCGCUGCAAGUGGAGGAGAUCCUGAAGAACCUGCACUCCCUCAUCACUCCCUACAUCCAGCAGCUGGAGAAGCUGGCUGAUGAAACACCCAAUCCCUCCAACAAGUUGGCCAUCAUCCACAUUCUGGGGCUGCUCUCCAACUUGUUCACCACCCUGGAUAUCAGCCAUCAUGACGACGACCACGAAAGCACUGAGGUCAAGAAGCUGCCAGUGCAGCAAGGACCCAACCCAGUGGUGGUUGUUCUGCAGCAGGUCUUUCAGCUCAUACAGAAGGUCCUGAGCAAGUGGCUGAAUGAUGCCCAGGUGGUGGAGUCUGUCUGUGCCAUCUUUGAGAAGUCUGUGAAGACCCUCCUGGAUGACUUUGCUCCCAUGGUGCCCCAGCUGUGUGAGAUGCUGGGGCAGAUGUACAGCACUAUUCCCCAGGCCUCUGCCAUCGACCUGACACGACAGCUGGUUCACAUCUUUGCUCACGAGCCUGCCCACUUCCCCCCCAUCAAGGCCCUCUUCUUGCUUGUUACCUCAGUCACGCUGACCCUCUUCCAGCAAGGGCCCAGGGAUCAUCCUGAUAUUGUUGAUUCAUUUAUGCAACUCCUGGCACAGGCUCUGAAAAGGAAGCCAGACCUUUUCCUGUGCAGCAACCUGGACGUCAAGGCAGUAUUUCAGUGUGGUGUCCUUUCCCUCAAGUUCCCUGAAGCCCCAACAGUGAAAGCAUCCUGUGGCUUCUUUACAGAGCUGCUGCCACGCUGCGGGGAGAUCGCCCCUGUGGGACAGGUGGUACAUGAGAAUGGCAAAGUGCUGCUGCAGGCGGUACUGGAGGGUGUCGGUGGCCAGGCCUCCCGCAGCCUCAUGGAUCACUUUGCAGAAAUCCUCUUUGCCUUGAACAAGCAUUGCUUCAGCUACCUAAGCAUCUGGAUCAAGGAGGCCAUGCAGCAGGAUGGUUUUCCCUCAGCCCGCGUCAGCCCUGAGCAGAAAGAGACCUUCAGCCAGCAGAUCCUUAGCAGAGAGCGUGUGAACAAGCGGCGAGUGAAGGAAAUGGUGAAGGAGUUCACGCUGUUGUGCCGAGGGCUGCAUGGCACAGAGUACACAGCAGACUAUUGAGCACCCAACCAGGAAUGCGGAUGGUUUGCCUGGACCAGCUCUUCCCCACCAGGAAGCCCCCGUCUUCCCUGCCCUGCUGCUGCAGUACAGCUCAUAGAAUAACCUUCCACCUAGACUUAACCUACUCGGGACGCUCCCCAGCUAGACUUGGUGGCCGCAUCUCGGUGUCAGCAUCUUUGUUCCCCCAGCAUGCUCCCCCCUCACAGGGGAUGGGAAUGCCGGCUGCAGGAGGUGGGGAGGGGGGGCCCAGAACAGGACUGCCCCAGCACAGACUGCCCUUUGCUGCACUGCAGCCAGGCUGCCCACUCCUCCCCGGCACGGCCCUGCGGAGGGGAGGCUGCACAGCAGGGACUGGCUGGGCAGGUGGGCUCGCCCCCUGCUCAUUUGUAUGUGUGAGGUUGGGAGGGGGGAGGCCCCACACCUAAUUAUAUUAAGGAUAUUUCUAUGC